GAGAGUUUACGUAGGUGGAUGCUGUCGGACAAAUGCUGCAGAUCCUACACUGCAGGAGGGCACUGGACACGGCACACAUCGCCCGCAUCGACGAUGUGGUGGAGCACCGCGCUGUUACUUCGCCCACCUCCCCAGCUCGUCGAACCCCUACCUCGACACGGCAGACGAGCCGCUACGAGGGCUUCAUCCUGCCAUUGUUCCUGCAGCAGGCGCAGAGCAUGUCCGCCGUCUGAUCCGCUGCAAGGAAGAGCUUGUAACGCAGGUUAGCUAGUUAGUAAGAGCUUCAGGUUCAUCCAAGAACCUCCCUCAAGCUCCCCAAGCUCCAACACCGUUGCGAUUGAUUGCUCCCUCGCGGCCUAGCCGUUUCUCCUGGUCUCGUCGACCAGAGCGAAUGCUUUGUUACUCGGCAUCUCUACAUGCAUGGCAUUCAUCCCAUUCCAGAUGUCGUCAGACAAGCUUAAACCGGGAAAAGGCAUCGUUUUGCACGCCGGUCUCUGACCCCUCAUUCGUCAACACCGCCAUGGCGACACGAUCUUCCCUCUAACGGGCGCCGAAACCUCACUGACACAUCCCAUUCGCCGAUGUUUGGCGCUUGUCAAAAAGAGGAGGGAGCGUGCACUCGCAAGCACGACCACAUGGUCCGUGAGCAU